UUCUCUGCAAAAUUCCCAACCUUUCAAUCUCAUCCCUCUCCCCUGUCAUGUCUUGCAUCCUAAAUUUACAUCCUCUGCAUCCACAGCAGUAGAAUCACCUUACUUUUCCUCUUCCGUCUCCUCUUCCUCCUCCUCCUGCACUUCUUCUUCCUUCUUUUCUUCUACUUCUUUCUCUGCUGUGAUGGAUUCGUUGAUGAUUGUUUUGUAAUGUGGUUCCUUUCGUAGGUUGAUAGCAUGUUCUGUAUGUGUGAUUGAUCUUAAGAUGGCGAAGGGCAAGCUCAUACUAAUCUGUCAAACGGGUGGUGAAUUCACGACUAAUGAUGACGGUUCAAUGUUGUACAAUGGAGGCGAGGCACAUGCUGCUGAGAUUAACGGUGACACGAAGUUCGAUGAUCUCAAGCUAAAACUAGCUGAGAUGUGUGAUUUGGAAUAUAAAUCUCUAGCAGUCAAAUACUUUCUUCCUCAGAACAAGCGAAUCCUCAUCUCUAUGGUUAGUGACCGAGAUCUCAAGCGGAUGUAUGAUUUCCAUGGGGGUUCAGUCACUGCAGAAAUUUAUGUCUCUGGGCAAAAAGGCUUCGAUCCUCAAAGUGUUCCCAAUGGCGCAGGGAACAGUGCGAUCAAACUCGCUGAAACGGUGGCUGCUGGCAGAGCAGAAAAUGCCGCCUCCGAUGUCCCUUCCACUUUAGCUGCCCCGGUGGCCCCUCGUCGCCGAGCAAAAGCUGGGGAUUCUACUGUCUCUGGCGCUCCCAAUAACCGCAGUCGUUCUCGUAGUGCUGCUGCAAAGCGCAAGACCUCGAAAAAAUCCACUGCCCAUGCUGAUACAGAAGAUCCUCACCCUCCUAACAGUCCUGUGACUGCUCUGCCUGAACCAGUUGAAGUUGACCUUAGUGCCACACCUGCUGACACUGUCAAGAAGCGGAGACGAACAGCUUCAUGGAGGACUGGUGCUAAUGGCAGUUUAACAAUUGGAUCUAUCCUUGAUGAUGGUACAGAAGCAAGAGAGAGCACACCUCAAGUAAAGAGGUAUACACGAAAGCUCUAUGACUCUGAAGAUGAAGAUGGAGAUGGAAGAAACAUUAUACCAAUUGAAGAUGUCCCUGGUUCUGAAAUGGUGGCAGCAUGGAAGGAUGCGAUCACUGGGGUGGGUCAGGAAUUCAAGAGUGUGAGCGAGUUCCGUGAGGCUCUCCAAAAAUAUGCAAUCGCCAACCGAUUUGGGUACCGCCUGAAGAAGAAUGACACGAACCGUGCAAGUGGGACGUGUGCAAUAGAUGGGUGCUCGUGGAAGAUCCAUGCAUCGUGGGUCCAGGCCACUGAGACAUUCACAAUAAAGAAGAUGGAGGAGUCACACACUUGUGGGGGUGCAUCGUGGAAGGCUGCCCACCCUGCAAAGAAUUGGCUCGUGGGGAUCAUAAAAGAGAGGUUGCAAGAUAGCCCUAAUCAUAAGCCAAAGGAGAUUGCUCGGGCAAUUUUCCGGGACUUUGGGCUUAAGUUGAAUUAUAGCCAGGUGUGGCGUGGAAUCGAGGAUGCUAGGGAGCAACUCCAGGGCUCGUACAAGGAUGCUUAUAGUCAACUUCCAUGGUUUUGUGAGAGAGUGGUGGAGGCGAAUCCUGGUAGCAUCACUGAGGUUGUGUCCAGUGAUGAAGAAAGGUUUCAGCGGUUAUUCGUCUGUUUCCAUGCCUUGGUGCAGGGUUUUCAGAAUGCCUGUCGGCCCCUUCUUUUCCUUGGUGCCACAUAUUUGAAGUCAAAGUAUCACGAGAUUCUUUUGACAGCCAGCUCAUUGGAUGGGGAUGAUGCUGUUUUCCCUCUGGCAUUCGCUGUUGUGGACACGGAAAAUGAUGAUAACUGGCGCUGGUUUUUGGAGAAGUUGAAGUCGGCUGUUGGUCCCUCGAGGCCUUUAACUUUUGUUGCUGACAUGGAGAAGGGUAUGGAGAAACCGGCACUCGAGUUAUUUGAGAACUCCCACUUUGGAUAUUCGAUCUUCCACCUCCUCGAGAGCCUCAAGAAGAACAUGCGGGGCCCUUUCCAUGGGGAUGGGCGGGCUGCCCUGCCUGGCCAGUUGUUGGCUGCUGCCCAUGCUCUCAGGCUAGAUCGUUUCACCUCCUAUACUGAGCAAAUGAAACGGGUCUCCUUAAAGACUUACGACUGGGUAAUGCAGACAGGCCCUGAGCACUGGGCGACUGCCCUGUUCAAGGGUGAGCGGUUUAAUUACAUCACAUCCGAUGUCUGCGAGAUUUAUGCUAAUUGGGUGGAAGAGAUAAGGGAGCUGCCCAUCCUGCUGAAGGUAAGUGCAAUAAGUUCAAAGCUCAUCGAGUUAGUGAAUUCCCGUCGAGCAAUCUCAGCUGAGUGGUCCACGAGGCUAACCCCUUCUUAUGAGGAGAAGCUGCGGGAAGAAUCUUCCCGAGCACUUGGGCUUAGAGUAUUGUUCUCAACUGAUACUCUAUUUGAGGUCCAUGAUGAUUCAACCCAGACCCAUGUGGUUGAUCUAGGCAAGUCUGAGUGCACUUGUUUGUCAUGGAAAGUAACAGGCCUUCCCUGCCGCCAUGUUAUUGCCGUCUUCAACAGCACAGGCCGUAGUUUCUAUGACUAUUGUCCCCUAUACUUCACUGUGGAUUCUUACCGGGCUGCCUAUGCUGGUUUAAUAAAUCCCGUCCCAGUCAACGAGAGGAAUCUGAUUGAUGAAAAGGAUGAUUCAGACGCCAAAAACAUACUCCCUCCUAACACCCCAAGACCACCAAGCUCGCAGAACAAGAGGGUGAGCAGAUCGGACGGGAAGGUGAAGAAGAGGGAGAUGACUUGCAGUAGGUGCCAUGGCGUUGGGCAUAACAAGGCAACUUGCAAAGAACCCUUGUGAUCUAUGUUUCCGUCAUAGGUUUACAUUGUAUCAAGCUUUGACUUCCGUUUCGAUGUAACUAAGUACGUUAAUGGUAGUGUCUGGGAUCUGUACGUAGACAGCUUUCUGAGCUUGAAUGAGUGAAACUCUUUAGGUUCUCAAGAUGCAAUUCCCUGUAUAGUUGUCUUUGCAUAAACAAAGUUUUGAACUCAUA